CAGGCGGUUAUAGCUGUAUAUAGUCUAUCGAAUUGUCGUUUUUGAGCUCUCUCUUCACCUUUUGUUUUGCUUUUAAGCUAAUGGAGAAUGUCACCCAUCUCUCGUUACUCCCGCCUGCUCAAAGUAAGCCAACUUCUCUCUCUAAACCACAAUAAAUCAUUCUCUACCUUAAUUUCAAAAUUCUCCACACAAACUCCAAUUUCCGAGACACUCCCUUACCUGAAACCUCUCAAUUUCAAGAUCUCUAACUACAUGAAAAAUGGCCUCAUCAAGGAAGCAGAAAACAUGUUCGAAGAAAUGCCUCAAAGAAAUAUCGUUACUUGGAAUUCUAUGAUCCGUGGUUACUUUCAGAAUGGGCAACCGCCAAAGGCGCUUAGUUUGUUUGCAGCAAUGCCUGAGCGCGAUAUUUAUACAUAUAAUAUAGUGAUUUCGGGGUUGACGCAGUGUGGUGAUAUGAAGAGUGCUAGGGAAGUUUUUGAUGGGAUGCUAUUCCGAGACGUUGUUACAUGGAAUUCGAUUAUCGCGGGUCACGUUCAUCUGGGGUUGAUUGACGAAGCAGUGAGAAUAUUCAAUGGGAUGCCAUUGGAAAUGAGAAAUGUAAUUUCUUGGAACUUGGUCAUAGGGGGGCUAUUGAACGAUCAACAAAUUGAUUUGGCUAAUGAGUACUUUAGACAAAUGAGUACUAGAGAUAUUGUUUCCUGGUUAAUUAUGAUUACUGGUUUUGCAAGAGUGGGCCGCAUUACUGAAGCUCAUGAGUUUUUCGAAGAGAUGCCUGUAAAAGAUGUUCGAGCUUGGAAAGCCUUGAUGGUUGGGUGUAUGGAAAACCAGCGGAUUGACGUUGCAGAAAUUCUAUUUAAAAGAAUGCCAAAGCGGGAUUUGGAUUCCUGGAAGUAUUUUAUAAAUGGGUUGGUGAGUUGUCAAAGAUUCAAUGAUGCUGUUAAGUUCUUCAGAGAAAUGCCCCAGAAAUGUCAAAAGACAUGGAACAUAGUUCUAUUGGGAUUAAUAAGAAAUGGAAAUGUUGAAGCAGCUCAUGGGUUCCUUGAGAAACUUCCGUAUGGUGACAUUUUGUCAUGGACAAAUGUUCUUGUUGGAUAUUUUAAAGCAGGUGAAGUUAGCAGUGGUAUUAGACUUUUUGAGAUGAUGCCAAUUCUAGAUACAACAGUAUGGAAUGUCGUGAUAUGUGGAUUAGGAGAAAAUGGUCAUGGCGAGGAGGGUCUCAAAAUUUUUGUUAGAAUGAAAGAGUUAGGAUCAUCUUCUGACAAAGCUACACUUACUAGUGUUCUGACUAUCUGUUCAGACUUGCCUGCGUCGUAUCUUGGUGACCAAAUCCAUGCGGAGGUAAUUAAAACAGGCUUUGAUGAUGUUACUGAAGUAUCUAACGCAACGGUUACCAUGUACGCAAGGUGUGGAAACAUGCACUCAGCAUUGAAGGAAUUCACUUCCAUGUCAAGUCAUAAUAUCAUUUCUUGGAAUUCCAUAAUCUGUGGAUUUGCUCACCAUGGAUUUGGUGAACAAGCUAUAGAGAUGUUUGAGCAAAUGAAAUUAACUGAUGUUAAGCCGAAUCACAUAACUUUUGUUGGUGUUCUGUCUGCAUGUAGUCAUGCAGGAUUGGUGGAUCAAGGCAGACACUAUUUUGAUUACAUGAAAAACAUUUGUCUCUUGCAGCCAACAAAUGAGCAUUAUACCUGCCUUAUUGACCUUUUGGGGAGAAAUGGACUAAUUGAUGAGGCAAUGACUUUUCUAAAUCAAAUGAGAGCAGAUGGAAUUGAAGUUCCUGCAAGCGUUUGGGGAGCUUUGCUUGGAGCAUGUAGAAUCCACAAGAACAUUAAAAUUGGUGAGGUUGCUGCUCAGAGUUUGUUGGAAAUAGAGCCUAAUAGGUCUGGCAUAUAUUUGAUUUUGGCAGAAAUAUACCAGAGUGUUGGAAGAAGAAAAGACGCAGAGCUGAUUUCGGAUAAAAUGAAAGAGAAUGGAGUCAAGAAACAACCAGGUUGUAGUUGGAUUGAGGUAAACAACAAGGGGCAUGUAUUUCUUUCAGGGGAUAGUUCACACCAUGAAUUCAGUAGAAUUUGUCGUCUUUUACACUUGCUCCGUAAAGACAUGGAUGUCAUGAUCUCAAAAUCCAAUACUGCUCUCUUUUAGCAAUUUCAAGUUUCAUUAGAUGGACCUUAAGGAUGAAUUUUGCUAUCCAUGCACUAUAUCAGACCUUCCAAGAGUCAAUGAAUAGAUAAUUAACUACAAGUGUUUAUCUAAGUCCCCUUGAAACAAGACUGGGUUAGAUAUUGAGGGUUUAGGACAAUACUAUAGAACAGAUACAUGUAUACUGAUCUACGAGCAAAUGAAAUGGACUUUAUCAGAUGUUUUCCUUUAAGAA